AUGCCCCCUCUCAGAACUUUGUACUUAUACAUUGGGACAUCGACGACCCCCUUUCAAUCCCCGUACACUGAUUACAUUGUGUAUGAACAGCUACGUCAUGAGUUUAUGGAUCGCCCCCGGGCGAGGGCUGCAUUCCUGCAUGGGGGACUCAUAUGGCAGUUGGCUUUGCACAGCCUGGGUGUCGACCAUCUUCCAUCUGUCUUCGACGGUAUAUCAACUGAAGCUGUUCCAUUUGGCAACCUAUUGGUUGGCAAUAGUGGUCAGACUUACUACGACAAUGGGUUGUCGGAGGAGGAAAUCAAUUUUAUGUGUGGAACAUACUACAUAGACCACUGUGACAGCUCAGAGGUAGUUUCAUGGUGGCCUCGACCCAACACUUGGAAUGUGUCAGGCUUGAAUGUUGGUUUUUGGUCCGCUCAGUGA